AUGGCCGUGUGCAAAGGGGCCGACUUGUUCGACCUAUCCGACGCGUGUGCGCGCGGCUUUUGGGCCGCCGUCAUUCCGACCGCCUUCGUUGCUGUCGUCCUCGUUUCCUCAGUCCCGCCUGUCAGCACCCUGCUUCGUCUCGCCAAGAAGCCGUUCACGGAAUUCUUGCCGCUUUACGAGGCCGAGGCACUCAUUGCCGGAGAGGAGGAAAAGAGUCUGGAGGAAGAGAUCGCGCUCGGUGUUCCGCUAUGGCGUACGCUUGUUCUCUCCUCUGUCUCGCUCGUCGAGACUCUUCUUUGGCUCGGUAUCGGCUGCUACGCUCUCAUUGUUAACCCUGACGACACAUGGAACGGCGUCCGAGAUUUCCUCGUCGCGGCAACAUGGCUCUACGCGACUCUGCGUCCCAUCCUCCGGCCGGCUGCCACCGCUCCGUUCGACCUCCUGUCGCUCUUCUCUCUGCACCUCGUCCUGAACAGCGUCGUGUUCUUUGGACACCUCUACGAUCGCUAUGUCUAUGAUGUUCCCCUUCCAACCCCUAUCCGUACCGCAGUCUACACCGUCAACUUGCUUGCUGUUGCAGGCCUCUUGGUUCUGGUCUUCAACAUGCCCCUGGCCAUUCCCAGCAAGCGUAUCAAGAAGGAGGACAUUGGCAAGAAGAUCUCCCCCGAGGACUACACCACCGUCUGGGGCUGGGCCUCCUUCCGCUGGGUGGUGCCCCUGCUCGAGAAGGGCACGUACACCACCCUGAACGAGUCCGACGUCUGGGCGCUCAGCCCGUCGAUGCAGGCGAAGCCCCUGCACAUCAAGUUCUCGCGCACGACGGGCAAACUCUUCUCGCGUCUCUGGCGCGCGAACACGCUCGACCUCGUGCUCGACUUUGUGCUCACGUACGUGAGCAUCGUGUUUAACUACGCGAGCCCGUUCUUCCUCAAGCGCAUCCUCGACGCGCUCUCCGGCCCCCCGGACGCGGAGAAGCGCGCACUCGCGUAUUUGUACGCGUUUCUCGCGUUCGUGAGCGCGCUGUGCAAGGCGCAGGCGGACAUGCAGCACCUGUGGUACGGGCGGAGGGCGUGCACGCGGAUCAGGACGGAGCUAAUGACGGCGAUAUACGACAAGGCGCUGAAGAGGAAGGACUUUUCGGGGAUUGUGGAUAAGGACAAGGUGGCAGAACAGAAGAAGGGGAAGGCCGGCAAGGGCAAGGACGAAGCGAAGAGCGACGAACCGAAGGCGGGCGCAGACAUAGGGAAGAUCGUCAACCUGAUGGCGGGCGACGCCAACCGGAUCGCUAUGACAGUUUCAGCGAUGUACUUCAUCUAUGGUGCUCCGUUCGAGAUCUUCAUUGCCACUCUCUUCCUCUAUCAACUGCUGGGGUGGUCCGCGUUUGCCGGGUUCUUGGUCCUGCUCCUCACAUGGCCCCUCAAUAACUUCAUGGCUCGACGUGCUGUCCGGAUCCAGAAGGGCGUCUCGACUGCCCGUGACAAGCGCAUGGGUGUGCUCAACGAGCUCAUCAGCGCGGUCAAGUUCAUCAAGUUCUUCGCCUGGGAGGACCAGUGGAUCAAGCGAGUCAUGGAAGCCCGUGAGGGCGAGAUGCAGUGGAUGAUCAAGUCCCGUGUGAACGCGGUGUGCUUCUCGCUGCUGUGGACGACUGCGCCUAUCCUGGUCUCGGUCACGUCGUUCUUUGUGUACGUUGCUCAGGGCAACGAACUGACCAUCGGUACUGCGUUCACCGCCAUCGCAUUGUUCCAGAUGGUCCGCGCGCCUCUUAACGUCAUCCCAGCGUGGAUUGUCCAGAUCCUCCAGUCGAAAGUCGCCCUCGAUCGUAUCGCGACCUACCUCGACGAGGACGAAGUGGACGCGCAAGUGUCCACCAUCAAGAAGGGCCGUGUCCCCCCCUCCGAGGACGCCGAGACAGGCCUCGGGAUCAUCGGCGGCUCGUUCAAAUGGAACGAGGUCGAAGAGCGGAAGGACGACAAGGGCAAGGGCAAAGACACCGCCAAGAGCAAAACUAAUGGCACGGACGCCCACGCGAGCAGCUCCGACGCGGACGAGGCUGCGACGGCCGUCGACGACGGGUCGGUUGUGUCCGCGCUGGCGGCGUCGGGCGACCACCGGUUCGAGCUGCGCGACAUCAACGUGCUGUUCCCCGAGGGGCAGCUCACGCUGGUCACGGGCCCGACGGCGAGCGGGAAGACGGCGCUGCUGUUAGCGCUGCUGGGCGAGCUGACGACACUCGAGGGGAGGAUCGUGAUGUCGAAGAAUCCGUCCAAGGUCGACGAGCACGGGCUGUCGCACACAAUCUCGUACGCGGCGCAGUCGCCCUGGCUCCGCCACCAGAGCAUCAAGGAUAAUAUCCUGUUUGGGUACCCGUAUGACGAAGAGAGGUAUCACGCUGUUGUGGAGUGCUGUGCGCUGAAGCCGGAUCUGGAUAUCUUCGAGGACGGAGACGCGACAGAAAUCGGUGCACGUGGUGUCAGUUUGUCCGGUGGGCAGAAGGCUCGAGCCAGUGUCGCGCUUGCUCGCGCUGUCUACGCCCCGACCAAGUAUGUCCUCCUGGACGACCCGCUCAGCGCCGUCGAUAGUCAUACUGCACGCCUUUUGUUCGAGAAGCUGCUCCGUGGGCCUCUUCUGGCCCAUCGCACAGUUGUCCUCGUCACACACCACGUCGAGCUCGUCCUCCCCGGAGCACACUACCUCGUCCGCAUGCUUGAUGGCCGCAUCGACACCCAGGGCACAAUUCAAGAUCUGCGUGCGAAUGGCAUUCUCGAUGAUAUCGCCCCAACCGAGGAGAUCGAGGCGCACAAAGAGGAAUUAGCGGUCGAGGCUGCGAAGGCGGAAGAGAACCCCAACGCCGAGAUAGAUGCCGAAGCUCCGGGUGAUGGGGAGCCAGACGCGAACAAGAUCAAGAAGCCGAGAAAGCUCAUCGAAGAGGAGCACCGGGAAACGGGUAGCGUGAAGUGGAAUAUCUAUAAUACCUAUUUGAAGGCUUCGUCGUAUUGGACGUGGGGUAUCUUAUUCGGCCUGAUCAUCCUGAGCCAGCUAUCUGGUGUUUCCGAGAAGGUUUGGAUCAAGAUCUGGGGCGACGCAUAUGGGCAAAACGGAACCGUGAUCCCGCAGCAGUUCGCAUACUCCUAUAGGGAUUACGCCGAACAUCAACACGUUCUCGAUGACGGUCUUUCGCACUUCCACCAUACCACCGUAGCUCAUGCACCCGUCGUUCCGUACGAUCUGAAGAUCACUUUUCCCCCGGCCCAGGAGCAUCCAUUCUUCUACAUCGGCAUCUACGCCGCGAUCGCACUGUCCACUGGUAUCAUUAACAUCUGCGCUGUCAUCACUCAGUACACCGGGGCACUUCGGGCGUCGAGGAUCUUGUUCGAGAAGCUGUUGCGGACUGUCGUGUACGCGACAAUGAGGUGGCACGACGUCACGCCCCAGGGCCGCAUGCUGAAUCGGUUCAGUAAAGACGUCGAGACGGUCGACAGUUCCCUGGCUUCCACUUUGCAGCAAGUUAACUCGUCCUUGGCGCUUUUCAUGGUGUCCGUAUUGACCAUCAUCUACGUAUUCCCACUCUUCAUCUUCCCGGCCAUCGUCCUUGGAUUCUUCUACCGCCGCUUCGCGAUCGCCUAUCUUAACACUGGCCGUGACAUUCGUCGGAUGGAGUCGAACACGCGCAGCCCCAUCUUUGCCAACUUCAACGAACUACUCGAGGGCAUCGUCACUGUCCGCGCGUUCAGUGCAGAGGAGCGCUUCCUCAAUGACCUGUAUGACAAGGUCAACCUCACCACGCAGAUGUGGUACACAUUCUGGAUGACGAACCGUUGGCUGCUCCUGACGUUCGACGCGCUUGGUGCGGCCGGUAUCUUUGCGACAACACUUUUCGCACUUUCGGGAUACGUUGAUGCUGGUCUUGCUGGUAUUUGUAUUACGUCCGCGAUGUCAUUCACCAACAGCGUCUACUGGGCAUGUCGCUUCUGGACAGCUCUUGAGCUCGAUCUCAAUUCCGUCGAGCGUGUUGUCGAGUACCUCGACCUCCCUCAGGAGGCUCCUGCGAUCAUCGAGUCCAAUCGCCCCCCUGCGUACUGGCCUUCCUCGACGAGUUCGAACAGCGACUCGAUGCUUAUCGUGGAAGACCUCGUUGUGAAGUACGCACCAGACCUCCCUGCAGUGCUCAAGGGUAUCUCGUUUACCCUGAAGGCGAAAGAGCGCGUUGGUCUACUUGGGAGAACCGGCAGUGGCAAGUCAACACUUGCUAUGAGUGUCCUGCGAUUCGUUGAUCCUACUAGCGGUAGAAUCAUUAUUGACGGCAUUGACAUCAGCACAAUCGGGCUUCAUGACCUGCGGUCUCGUAUCACCUUCAUUCCUCAGGAUGCCACGCUGUUUUCGGGCACGCUGCGCGACAAUCUGGAUCCAUUUGGGGCUGACAUGUUCGCGACAGGCGAGCACACCGACGCAGAGUGCAUCGACGUCCUCGAGCGCGUGCAAUUGAUCACCGACAGCCAAGCCGUCUCCCAGCGCACCUCCCGAGAAGCCUCUGCCGCCGCAUCCCGCGCCGCCUCUAUCCACGAAGGCGAGACCGGCCGCGAGGCGACCAUCGCCUCCGUCUCCACCUCCCCGACCGAGACCGAGGGCAAAACCGUCAUCACGCUCGACACGCAGGUCUCGCCGGGGGGCACGAACUUCUCGCAGGGCCAGCGGCAGCUCAUCGCGAUGGCGCGCGCGCUCCUGCGCCGGAGCGCGAUCAUCGUGCUCGACGAGGCGACGAGCAGCAUCGACUUCGCGACGGAUGCGAAGAUCCAGGCGACGAUCCGCGAGGAGUUCGGGAACUCGAUGCUUCUCACGGUCGCGCAUCGGCUAAGGACGGUCAUCGACUACGACAGGCUAGUCGUGCUCGACAAGGGCGAGCUGGCCGAGUGCGACACCCCGCUCAACCUGAUCCAAAAGGAGGGUGGGAUCUUCAGGAGUAUGUGUCUGAAGAGCGGGACGUUUGCCGAGCUUGAGGCGGCUGCGAAGGCGAAGGCUGAGCGGGACCAGCUCCAGCAGUAG